CAAGUAAAACAAAUACGACGUUUUACUUUCUUACGUCAGCAUUCCAUGUAUUAGUCGACGUAUAUGGGCACACAAAUUAACAUAUCGCGCAGCAACAGCACAAAUGCAUUGAGAUUUGGCUUGCAGUUUUUUAUUAACUUCUGCUUUCGUUGCUUAUCAUUUACGAGCACCCACUUCUGGCUCGGUCGCACUUUGAACCCUGGUCGUCAAUAACAGAGGCACGACCACACCAGUGUAACCGUGGAAUUCGACACAGAAUAGACUCGACCAUGGCCAUGGACAGUCAGGACUCAAGCAUUUCUCUGGAGAAUUACAUCAAUCAUUUGAACCCAGCUCAUCUUCCCCGAAUUAUUGAGGUCACGGAAGGAGUUUAUGAUGAAGGCUCUCUCUAUGACUUUUCGGCAACGGCUGGUACACUCUCCACAGGAGAUAUCAUAAAGAUCACAGGCAUCUCGUUAUUGAGAGUUUUGGCCACAUUGUGCGACUGCAAUAUGAGAGUGAUCCCAAACUCAGAGGUGAAGAUCCCUGCAAGCUACAGCGGAUCAUUUGAGCGUGCCCCUGAUGAUCAUGAAGCCAGAUCUGCACACCACAUGGGUCCCCCAAAUAGUUUCAGUCAAAUGAAGAAAAUGACCCUACAAGAGGCGAUUCAGCAGAAGCUGAGCAGGGUCAUUGUCCGUUAUGAUCCGUAUAGCACGGAACCCCCAAUUCCAGGACUUCCAAUGGACUUUGAAAACAUCAUUUUGCUAAACCCAGUCUACACUGUCAAAGGGGUUUUGCAGGAGACAGGUAGGAAGUUCAAGUUUCUCUCGAACCUGGACGUGGAGAUAAAAGAUAUAACAGACAUGUGUCAACGAGACUUUAAGAUGGACAUGCCUUUCUACUCGCUGAGCGACGUUUACGCAAUGGCAGAAGAAUUUCCACUGCUAGUGGAGGUGUGCGAGAGCUGCAGUAGCAACUUGUCUUUCCGGCAAGGCUACGUCGCAUGCGAAGUUGGUACACAAUUGAGGAUGCAUGCCGCCCGCGUCACCAGCAAGUACAUGGCCACGCACACAGUCAACGUGAAGGGACAAGAGGUAAAAAAACACUCGCAGAAAAACCAGCAUUUUCUCAUUCCUCCUGAAUACAAGGGGCACUUUCGCUGUCUGCCACAGAAGUUUGCCUGCCUAUAUGAAAUUAACAUGGAGGACGCGGCAAUGAAAAACAUGCAGUUCAUGGCCACACAAUCCUGGGAAUCAGACAACUCGGAAAUAGCGUCCAUCGACAUUGGAGAUCGUUUCGAAGCACUGCAAUGCAUCACAAAACGAAUCGGCAGCCGGGAGAUCAAGGUCUUAAAGGUGGAGCGUCUCCUGGACAACACGACCGUGCACCUGGCUGACUAUUCCAAUGCUGGCUUCUUGGAAAUCGUGCAGCAGAAAAUAGAACCAAUGCCGAUCAACCAGAUUGUGCAGAUGGCUGGCCUCCCCUGCGAGGUUAAGCUUGUCACUGGAGAUGGGAUGCCUGGUGACCCCUUGGUGUCCAUACAGGGAUCCCUGGUGCUUGAGAAUGAAGUGAUGGACCGCUGCCUGGUUGCAAGUAUAACCAACGGGCCAGAUCAUGCCAUGCACAGUCCUUUCGAAAUCCCAAUCGAUCGCGUGUCCAUGGCGGUCCGCAUGCAUUCGUACAGGGGGCCCGAUACCGCAGCAACUGUGCUCGUUGAGGAUGUGGUCAACGUGGAGAGGCUGUCCUCCCAGAGCUACAAUAGCCUCCUGACAUACGAAGGCACCAGGAUGAUCGAUCGGCCUCCGCCCAUCCCCUGCAGGAAACCGUCCGUGAAGCCACCAAAACAGAAAUGCCAGAGUACUCCCAAGAAAGUGGGAGCAGGAAUACCAACCGACCAGAAAACAGAUUUUCAAGAGUCCACCCACAGAACAUUGGCAGUUACACUUUUGGAAGACGAAGACGAAGACAUACACGAUUAUGAAACAAUCGACGAUGAAGAUUUAAAUAAACUUAGGGACAUUUUUGCUGUGGGAAACACGUACCAUAUUUAGAGUUAAAAGUCCGUGUAUCGUUUAUUUAUGAAGAUUUUAACAGAGUAAGGUCAAUUUUGUCAAGAGUGUGACAAAACAAAGCAUUACGCAUUUCAGUAAGGCUUCAAAUCACCUUUAAACCGACCAUUUUAUCUUUCCAAAUUAGUUAAAUAAACGUUACCAUAAUGCCCUCUUGCAACUUCUGUACAAUAGAGAUAUCGUAUUGGACAUAAUCGAAUUGGCAAGCGAACAUAUUAAGGAAGUCAGUGCUGUUAUGCGGACACCAGAGAGAGCUCUUGUGCCGUGUUUAGAGCAGAUGUCGCAAACGGGUUUUGAUUCCUUACCCGUACCUGUACCCGGCCGCAUCAGGGUCGCAAACGGGUACCCGUACCCGGCCGUACCCGUACCCUACCCGUACCCGGCCGGGUACGGGUAGGGUACGGGUAUCUGGUACCUGAUUGCGACCUCUGGGAUGAAGCCAUGUUGCAGGCGCGGGUGGGUUGAUUCUAGGAACUUGAAUUGUGAGAAGAGACAAGACGUUGGGAAAUGAUUGACAAACGGUUACUCACCAGUGACUCACGGCCUACCCGUACCCGGCCGCACCAGGGUCGCAAACGGGUACCCGUACCCGGCCGGGUACGGGUAGCCGGGUAUCGGGUAGGGUACGGGUAUCGGGUACCCGGUUGCGACCUCUGGUUUAGAGCCUGGGUGGGUAUGGUUUAGCCACCGUAUGAGGCUACAUUGAGGGCAGGAUUUUGUCAAAUGUACGUUAUGAUGGAAAAAAUAAAAAAAAACAUUAUGAAAUAAUAGUUAAUAUAUACCUUCAGAUUUGGCCAAAUAACGUCGUUUUUUUAUAACAAAAUGAUAACUAACACAGUGUAAAACUAUGGAAAAUAGCCAUGGGGAAAUAUUUCACGUAAUUUCGUGGAUUUUCAUUAUUAAUACCCUUAACACAUGGAAUUUGUUUACUUAUUCUGUGUUCAUAUCUAACACGUAGGCUUUCGCGACUAAUACUGAUUCAUAAUUGGUUUAUGAGUACGAUAUCGAAAAAUAAAUGUAUGUCGUAGACCCUCCUCCACCCGACUGCCAUUUAAUAAAGAUAUCAAUGAAACGUUAACAUUGCAUUGUUUAUUACUGCGUAAGCACACCGGUGUGUUGGAGAGCAUUUAACAAAUGGGUACAACGUUUCGCUGAUAGUCACAACCAGCAUCAUCAGAUAUCUUUAUGAAUAUUUAGCUUAUAUUCCAACAAACAUCCAUAAAGUUUAGAUCAUUUGCUCAAUAAACCAUUACAAGUCCUAUAUUUACCCUUUCAUGUUUACUUACUUCUGUAGCCAAAAGCAAAUCCUGGAAUCAAAUUAAGCUAUGGCUGUCUAUAAACAUUAGCAGUGUUUUAUACAUUACAUUUUUGCAGUGCAUUUCAUCAUAUGUUAAGGCAUUUACAUAAUGCAUCAUCGCCAUCAUCACCGACACCAUGUCUUCUAAUGCCAGCACAACACCGUAAUAUGUAUCCAUACGCUUUAUCUCUACUUUGCAAGUGGUAUGAAAUGCAUAUAUUUUACAAAGUUUUUAGUUUUGUAAAAGUGAACGGUUUCAUCGGCAUAGUUGCAUAGCGUGUCUAGGGUGAAGCAUACUUGCAUAUUAUCGCCACAUGAAUAUGUACACAUUUUUAUUGCGCUCCUGCAGUUUUUGUACGAAAGUUUUUUUUUUUACAAGUUGUGUUCCAAUAAGCAUGUCCAUGUGAAUAAACACCGCUUAAAAUG